AUGCCCCAGCCCAGCCGCUUUAGUUCCAUUCUGCGUCCAUUGGGUCUGAUCUGGCUGUCUGUCUGCUUACACUGGGAGACCCUGAUACAAGCCAUCCGUCAUGAUGGUCUAAGAGCACUUGGCCAUCCACAAAAAAUCCAAGAUGCCGCUUCAGCAAAGUUACUCAGCAUAACUUCCAGUGGCUUUAUUGCCUAUGAAGAUACGACCAUUGUUCCCUCGCUUGUCCAGGCAGCUAGCGGGGUUGUUCUGGACCUCGGUCCCGGGCCGGGAAAUCAGAUCCAUCGAUUUGAUAUUUCUCGUGUCCAAAAGAUUUAUGGCGUUGAACCGAAUUCCCAAUUCAACAACACCAUCAAUUCUCUUUUGGACAAACAUGGUCUGCAAGAAAAAUAUAAGCUCAUAUCAUGUGGUAUUGAAGACAGCGACAUUUUGAGCAAAGAGGGAGUAACAGAGGGCAGCUUAGAUACUGUGUUAUGCAUCCAAGUCCUAUGUGCCGUGAAAGAUCCAAAGAGCGUCAUGAAAGAGGUGUGGAAGCUUCUCAAACCAGGCGGCAAAUUUAUCUUCUGGGAACAUGGAUGGAGCAGAAAUCGUUUGACGACCGCAGCGCAGGGUAUGUAUUAA